AUGGGCUCUCCAGAGGGGCUGGUUCCUCCCUUUGGGCAGAUUAUCAAGGAACUCAUAUGUGAUAAAGUCAUACGAGUUGUUCCUGAGAGUGAGAGGGAAACACAGAUCCUGAGGGCUGCAUUCAACAGGCUUAAGGUGGACUUGUGGCAGCCCAGCAGCCCCAUCCACAUCGUCGAAGGCGCAGCCGCUGACGUGCGAGUCCCGCGGAACGCGACGCGGAGCCUGCUGCCCUUGCUCCAGCAAGCAAACAUCCAGUACACGAUUCUUAUAUCAGACCUACAGCAAGCAAUAGAAAACCAAACUGCAGGGAGGUCCCAUAGGAGUCGAAGGUCCCUCCCUGGGUAUAACUAUGAAGUGUACCACUCCCUGGAAGAGAUCGAGGACUGGAUGCAUUAUCUGAAUAGGACUUAUUCAGAUCUUGUUCACAUGUUCUCUGUUGGAAAAUCCUAUGAAGGGAGACCACUGUAUGUACUCAAGUUAGGUAAAAGAUCACGGCCCUACAAGAAAGCUGUCUGGAUAGACUGUGGGAUUCAUGCAAGAGAGUGGAUUGGCCCAGCCUUUUGCCAGUGGUUUGUGAAAGAAGCUCUUCAGACAUAUCAGACUGAUCCUGACAUGAGAAAGAUGCUAACUCAGCUGUAUUUCUAUAUCAUGCCUGUAUUUAAUGUGGAUGGAUAUCAUUUCAGCUGGACAAAUGAUCGAUUUUGGAGAAAAACAAGAUCAAAGAACAUGAGGUUUCACUGCCAUGGUGUUGAUGCUAAUCGCAACUGGAAAGUGAAAUGGUGUGAUGAAGGAGCUUCACUGCACCCAUGUGAUGACACUUACUGUGGUCCUUUCCCCGAGUCUGAGCCUGAAGUAAAGGCUGUUGCUCACUUUCUCCGCAAACACCGGAAACAAAUAAAAGCCUAUUUGUCCUUCCAUGCCUAUGCACAGAUGCUGCUGUACCCUUACUCCUACAAAUAUGCAACCAUUCCAAACUUCAACUGUGUGGAAUCAGCAGCCUAUAAUGCUGUUAAUGCUCUUCAGUCAGCCUAUGGUGUACGAUACAGAUAUGGCCCUGCAUCCAGCACUUUGUAUGUGAGUUCUGGCAGCUCUAUGGACUGGGCUUACAAAAAUGGCAUCCCAUAUGCAUUUGCAUUUGAGCUGCGUGACACUGGCCAUUUUGGAUUUUUGCUUCCUGAAAUGCUGAUCAAACCAACCUGCACAGAGACCAUGCUUGCAGUUAAAAAUAUAACUCUUCACUUGCUGAAGAAAUGUCAUUGA